CCGUGUGCUGGGGCAGGUUGUUUUCCAUGUGUAGUGUGCGUGCCUCAGUUUCCCCGACGUGCUGCACGUAGCACGAGGGGGAGGGGCAGGCAUCCGUGCGGAAGGCUCCAGAGAUCCAGGGAAACUGAGGCACGUGCUCUCUGCACACAAAAUAGUGGGAAAAACCCGCUUCGUCCCGCCUGGGGCCCUCGGGGCUCUCAGGAGCUCUGGCCCCGCCAGUGUGGGCGCCACGAGGGCGUUCGGGCCAAUGGCCGCCCCCAGCUGGCACCGCGGGCGCCUUGCCAGUCUGUCACCACCGGCACCAGGCGGGUCAGAGGAGCAAAUCCCCGGCCCUUCGUCUAGGCUCGUUUGCCAGGGACGUACGCCCCAAUUUCGGGUCCGGCUUGUGGGCGUCGUGAACCCUGCCCCAUCUCCCCCUUGACCGCCCACCCCAUGGCGCCCCACCAGCCCUGGCUGCUGCUCCUCCUGCUGGCUUCCUGGCCGCUCCCGGGCUCCUCCGAGACCCGCUACCAGCCUGGGGACCCCGUUGUGCUCUACGUCAACAAGGUGGGGCCGUACCACAACCCCCAGGAGACCUACCACUACUACCAGCUGCCCGUGUGCUCUCCGGAAAAGAUCCAGCACAAGAGCCUGAGCCUCGGGGAGGUCCUGGAUGGGGACCGCAUGGCCGAGUCCAUGUACCAGAUCCGCUUCCGGGAAAGCGUGGAGAAGACGGUCCUGUGCGUGAAGACGCUCACGCUGGAUCAGGUGGAGCGCCUCCGGCAGGCCAUUGAGGAGCUGUACUACUUUGAGUUUGUGGUGGACGACAUCCCGCUGCGAGGAUUUGUGGGGUACAUGGAGGAGAGUGGCUUUCUGCCCCACAGCCACAAGAUCGGGCUGUGGACCCACCUGGACUUCCAUCUGGAGUGGAACGGCGACCGUAUCAUCUACGCUAACGUCAGCGUGCGAGAUGUCAAGCCGCACAGCCUGGACGACGUCCGCGGGCCCGGGCCUCUCUCCCUGACCCACACCUACAGUGUCCGCUGGUCUGAGACGGCUUCGGAGCGGCGGGGGGAGCGGCGGGGCCGAGGAGAUGAUGGGGGCUUCUUCCCCCACACCCUGGAGAUCCACUGGCUCUCCAUCAUCAACUCCAUGGUGCUGGUCUUUCUUCUGGUGGGCUUCGUGGUGGUCAUCCUCAUGCGGGUGCUAAAGAAUGAUCUGGCCCGGUACAACCUGGAUGAAGAAGCUUCCUCCUCCUCCUCCGGGGACGACUUCGACCAGGGGGACAACGGCUGGAAGAUCAUCCACACCGACGUCUUCCGCUUCCCUCCCUGCCGCAGCCUCCUCUGCGCCGUCCUGGGCGUAGGCAGCCAGUUCCUGGCGCUGGGCACCGGCAUCAUUGCCAUGGCCCUGCUAGGCAUGUUCAACGUCCACCGGCACGGCGCCAUCAACUCCGCCGCCAUCCUGCUCUACGCCCUGACCUGCUGCAUCUCCGGCUACGUCUCCAGCAACUUCUACCGGCAAGUCGGGGGCGAGCGUUGGGUCUGGAACAUCGUGCUGACCACCAGCCUCUUCUCCGCCCCCUUCUUCGUGACGUGGAGCGUGGUGAACUCGGUGCACUGGGCCAAUGGCUCGACACAGGCCCUUCCGGCCACCACCAUCCUGCUGCUGCUGACGGUCUGGCUGCUGGUGGGCUUCCCCCUCACCGUUAUCGGGGGCAUCUUCGGCAAGAACCGGGCUGGCCCCUUCGACGCACCCUGCCGCACCAAGAACAUCGCCCGCGAGAUCCCACCACAGCCCUGGUACAAGGCCACGCUGGUGCACAUGACCAUCGGGGGCUUCCUGCCCUUCAGUGCCAUCUCUGUGGAGCUCUACUACAUCUUCGCCACGGUGUGGGGCCGGGAGCAGUACACCCUCUACGGCAUCCUCUUCUUCGUCUUCGCCAUCUUGCUGAGCGUGGGCGCCUGCAUCUCCAUCGCCCUCACCUACUUCCAGCUCUCGGGCGAGGACUACCGCUGGUGGUGGCGCUCGGUGCUCAGCGCCGGCUCCACCGGCGUCUUCAUCUUCCUCUACUCUGUCUUCUACUACUCACGCCGCUCCAACAUGUCGGGCGCGGUGCAGACCGUGGAGUUCUUCGGCUACUCCCUCCUCACAGGCUACGUCUUCUUCCUCAUGUUGGGCACCGUCUCCUUCUUCGCCUCGCUCAAGUUUAUCCGCUACAUCUACGUCAACCUCAAGAUGGAUUGAGGGACCCUCUCCAGUUGGCUGUGGUGGCUGGCCAACUGGUGGGGACGGUCAAAUUUACUUCCCUUAAAGAUCUCUCUCAUAGUCUGGGGCUUCUAUGGAGUUCCUUUCCCAUUGGCCAUGACGCUUGGCCAGCUGGUGGUUAGAGAUGGCUCUCUUAAAGAUCUCUUCUCUCAUUGACUGUAAUGUCCAGCCAAUCAGCAAGUAUGGAUCCCCUAAGGAUCUCUUCUCCCAUUGGCUGUAAUGCCCGGCUAGUCAGUGGCUAUGGAUCCUCCAAAGAGCUCCCCUUCCGUUGGAUGGGACUGCUACAGAGCUCCCCUCCCAUUGACCAAGAUGUUCAGCCAAUCGGCCGGCAUGACAAAAGAUGGCGACCCUAAAAAGCGCCCCUCCAUUGGCUGGGACCAUUAAGGAUCUUACCCUCCUAUUGGCUGAGAUGUCUGGCCAGUCACAGGGCACCAUUAAAGAUUGUCCCACAUCCAUCAUUGCCUUUAAUUGGGUAGGAUGACCAGCCGACUGACCAGUUCACUCCCAUUGGCUGGGACUGUUGGCCAGUUCGCUUGUGAUGGGGGACCAGCUACUCCACUCCUAUUGGUCAGGAUGACUGGCCAAUCAGGUGAUGGGAAUGGACUGACUUGGGGGGAGAGGGCAGGUGUCCAGUUCCCUGGAUCCCCAUGAGAUUCCCUUGGGGGCUAAAGCUUGAAAGUGGAUCCCUCCCAAAGGGGAAGGCACAGGUAGAUCCUGUUUGGGGCUGGGAGUGGAUCCCCAUGUGAGAUCCCUGCAUGUGGACAGGGCAGGUUGUGGAUCGCUGGUGGAUCUGCUGGAUCCCCAUGGGGUUGAGAGUGGAUCCAUUGUGGAAGUGGAUCCCCUGCAGCCAGCUGAGUCCCCUCUUAGGGAUGGGCCCCCCAUACCUGAUUGGGUCCCCCACAGGUAGCUGGAUCCCCUGGUAGGUUGCGAGCAGAGGGAGGCCAGAUUCCUUGUGGGACUGGGAGCAGAUCCUAUGAUAAGAUCCCUGAUGGGGAGGAGUAGAUCCCUCACGGGCAAUUGGCUGGAUCGCUGGGGGCUUCCCCAGAUCAACUGGCUCCCAUGUGGGGCUGGCAGUAGAUCCCCCAUGGCAAGCAGGAUUGCCUGGUAAGAUCCCCUUGUGGUGGCACGGAUCACGGGGGGGCAGGAUCUAGUGGAGAGCAGAUCCCAUGUAGGGCUGGCAGAGUAUCCCAGAGACCUCAGUCGGGAGGGGGCUACACCCCACAACCCCCACCUCCAUUGCUGGCUGCGUGCAGACACCUGUAGUGCUAUUGCUAUAUAUGGGGGGGUAGCAGGGUGCGCCGGGGGGCUGGGGCAGUUGAUUAUUUUAUUUGUAUUUGAUUUGGUUGGUUCUGAUGAUUUCUUUUUACGGAUCUCAGAAUAAAGUUUAUUAAUAAAAA